UCAAUUCUAAAAAUGUAUGUAAUAACGGAAUCAUGAAAUAGAUAAACAAUUACCACACUAGCCAGUACUGUAAUGGUGAUAGUUAAUAAACGUGGAGAAGAAGAACUUAUUAAUAUACUUCAUGCAUUACUAAUUAGAUUUAUAGUUAGUUCCACAGAUGAACCACAUCCUAGUCAGUUCUUUAGUUAAAUUUUAAACAUGCCUCAUUUCAGAGUUGAAACUAAUGUUCCCCAUGAUAAAAUUCCUGCAGACUUACCAGCGAAACUGUGCCAUAUACUUGCAAAAUCAUUAGGGAAACCUAUAGAUUACUGCUGUGCUACAGUUAUUGGAGGUGCAAAAAUGGCAUGGGGUGGAAAAGAUGAACCAGCUGCACAGGCUACUUUAAUGAGUAUCGGUUGUUUAGGGGUUGAGGAAAAUAAGGAGCACGCCAAAGAGUUAUAUGAGUGUAUAACUCAAGAACUUGGAGUUCCUGCUAAUAGAAUGUACAUCUUUUUUCAAAAUGCAACUAGAAGUGAUGUUGGAUACAACGGAACUACGUUCCAUGAAAUAUUUGGCCGCUAAAAUUAACUAAAAAAAAUCCUUAGAGUAUACUAAUUAUAUUUAUACAGAAUUAUUCAUAAUUAAUAUUUAUAAAACAAAGUAUUUGUGAAUAUAUAAUCACAUCUAAAAAAAUAUUUUCUGUUAAAAUAGAAUAAAAAAUUUUUUCAGAGAAUAAUGAAGUUUUU